AUGCUGUGCGAGGAGGAGUGGGGGAGGUGGGGCUGCCAGAUCCCGGACUGGCGGGACGAGGAGAUGACAGCUUUCGCCGGCCUCGACCUCGACCAGGGCCUAUUCCCCUUCAGUCCACAGCCGCUCCAGCCAAACCUCUACAGGUGCGAGACCAACAACGGCCCUCAAGAAGUUGCUGACGUCUUGUUGUCGCUGAAGCACGCCGUGGUCCACCCUCCGUCGCCUCCUUACGUUCCGCCACCGCCGCAGCCACAAUCCACCAUUCAGAACUGCAACGGGGGAUAUGUCACCCCAACAGGACUAGAUCCGGUAGGAUAUUUUCCUCCACCUUUCCACGAACAGCAAUUGCAGCCUUGCAAUCAGAUAGGCUGGAGCGGGAACUCUCCCGGCUACCAGGCGCAGUACCCUCCGGUGUUCCCCGAGUACCAAGACAGCGGGGAGAGUAAACGGAGCCCCUCGCCGCGUCCCAACCUCUGCAGGAUCUGCGGCAAGACGUAUGCGAGGCCGUCCACCCUCAAGACCCAUCUGAGAACGCACUCUGGAGAGAAACCUUAUCGCUGUGACGAUUGCAAUAAGAGCUUCAGCCAGGCAGCCAACCUCACCGCCCACGUUCGAACGCAUUCCGGAGAGAAACCGUUCAGGUGCCCAAUCUGUGCCAGGAGGUUUUCCCAAUCAAGCUCAGUGACCACUCAUAUGAGAACUCACUCUGGAGAGCGCCCCUAUAGAUGUCGCCUCUGCAAGAAAGCCUUCUCUGACUCAAGCACCCUCACCAAACACCUGAGGAUACACUCUGGAGAGAAACCCUAUCAGUGCAAACUUUGUUUACUCAGAUUCUCCCAAUCUGGAAACCUCAACAGGCAUAUGCGCGUACAUAGUGGAGUACCCUGCUGACGAUACCUAGACUGUGAGGACACUUCCUCAAUGUAGCGAAAAGAUUCUCUUUUAUUUGAAGCACCCUAUCAGGACUGAAAAGAAUAAUACAAAACAAAUAUUGAAAAUAUAUUUUGUGUUUGAUCAAUUACUAAAAAUUCUCAAUGAGUUAAAAUAUAGAUAUAAUAAGACAAAGAAUUAUUCUAGAUUGGAAAAUAGGAAUACAAGAGUUGAAUACAGCUAUAUAUUUUAUUAUAUUAAAUUAUCUCUUUUACAUGAGUCUAAAAUGUAAAUAAUGCACAUUGAUUGUGAAUAUCUUAAUGUUAAUGAAUGAAUGUCUUAUACUAAUUUAUAUUAUCUUCUUUUCCUUGAUAGUAUUUAGAAAUU